AGUGGGAGGAAGGCGCUGGGGGAAGCCAGAGGAAGCUGGAGAGCUGGAAGGGGCUGUGUGGUGGGGCCAGCUGCGAGGGCAGGCUGGUGUUGGAGCUGCUGGGCACUCAGCUGGCACAACUGGAGCAAGAAGGUGGUGGCUGAAGUGAGAAGGUGGUGGCUGGAGUGAGGGCUCCCCAGCCUACGUCUCCUCCCCAAGCCUGCCAGACCAGGUCACCAUGGCGAUGCUCCUGGAGCCCGGACUGCAAAGCCUGCGGAUGGGUGCCAACGGUGAGCGGUGCCACACACCAUCCCCUCCUGGCUCCCCAGGGACAUCCCACGACAGCUGCAGCAUCGCCCCACUCACGCCCUCCCAGUCACCGAGGAGUGAGGCUCGUGCCCAGCAAGCCCCCAGCUUUGCCGUGGUGGUGGCUAUCGACUUUGGCACCACAUCCAGUGGCUAUGCCUUCAGCUUCUCCAGUGACCCGGAGGCCAUCCACAUGAUGAGGAAAUGGGAAGGAGGAGACCCGGGGGUGGCCAACCAGAAGACCCCCACCAGCCUGCUGCUGACCCCUGAGGGAGUCUUCCACAGCUUUGGCUACACAGCCAGGGACUACUACCAUGACCUGGACCCCGAGGAAGCCCGAGACUGGCUCUACUUUGAGAAGUUUAAGAUGAAGAUUCACAGCACCAGCGACCUCACCAUGAAAACUGAACUAGAAGCUGUCAACGGGAAGAAAAUGCAGGCCCUGGAGGUGUUUGCCCACGCUCUGCACUUCUUCAAGCAGCAGGCAGUGCAGGAGCUGAAGGACCAGUGCCCAUCCCUGCCCGAGCGAGAUGCCAUCCGCUGGGUCAUCACCGUGCCAGCCAUCUGGAAGCAGCCAGCCAAGCAGUUCAUGCGGGAGGCUGCCUACAAGGCUGGUUUGGUGUCGCCGGAGAACCCUGAGCAGCUGCUGAUCGCUCUGGAGCCCGAGGCUGCCUCCAUCUACUGCAGGAAGCUUCGUCUGCACCAGCUGAUCGACCUCAGCUGCAGGCCCCCCGCCAACGGGCUGGCCCCCGGCCACGCCAUCGACUCCAGCUUCCGCCAGGCCCGGGAGCAGCUGCGCAGGUCCCGCCACAGCCGGACCUUCCUGGUGGAGUCAGGAGUUGGGGAGCUCUGGUCGGAAAUGCAGGCAGGUGACCGGUACAUCGUGGCAGACUGCGGCGGUGGCACCGUGGACCUCACCGUGCACCAGAUCGAGAAGCCGCAGGGCACGCUGAAGGAGCUGUACAAAGCCUCAGGGGGUCCCUAUGGGGCCGUGGGGGUGGACCUGGCCUUCGAGAAGCUGCUGUGCCACAUUUUCGGGGAGGAUUUCAUCGCCACCUUCAAGGCCAAGCGCCCGGCUGCCUGGGUGGACCUGACCAUCGCCUUCGAGGCCCGGAAGCGGGCAGCAGCCCCCUCGCGUGCCAGCCCCCUCAACAUCUCCCUGCCCUUCUCCUUCAUCGACUUCUACCGCAAGCACCGCGGCCAGAACGUGGAGACGGCCCUCAAGAAGAGCAACGUCAACUUUGUGAAGUGGUCGUCUCAGGGGAUGCUGCGGAUGUCCUCGGAGGCCAUGAGCGAGCUCUUCCAGCCCACCAUCAGCCAGAUCGUCAAACACAUCGAUGACCUCCUGAAGAAGCCGGAGGUCCAAGGCGUCAAGUUCCUCUUCCUGGUGGGGGGCUUCGCGGAGUCGGCCAUGCUGCAGAGAGCCAUCCAGGAAGCCUUCGGCUCCUCCUGCCGCGUCAUCAUCCCCCAGGACGUGGGGCUGACCAUCCUCAAGGGGGCCGUGCUCUUCGGCCUCGACCCCACCAUCGUCCGCGUCCGCCGCUCCCCGCUGACCUACGGCGUGGGGGUGCUCAACAAGUUCGUGGAGGGCAAGCACCCGCGGGAGAAGCUGCUGGUGAAGGAGGGCAAGAACUGGUGCACGGACAUCUUCGAGAAGUUCGUCUCCGUGGACCAGUCGGUGGCGCUGGGGGAGGUGGUGCAGCGCAGCUACUGCCCGGCCCGCCCGGGCCAGCGCAAGACCGUCAUCAACAUCUACUGCAGCGCCACCGACGACGUCGUCUACAUCACCGACCCCGGCGUGCGCAAGUGCGGCACCGUCAGCCUGGAGCUGGAGGCGCUGGGCGACGCCGGCAGCCCGGCCCGCGGCCGCCGGGAGAUCCGCGCCAGCAUGACGUUCGGCGACACCGAGAUCAAGGUCACCGCCAUGGACCUCCGCACCGCCAAGACGGUGCGAGCCACCAUCGACUUCCUCUCCAACUGAGCGCCCCGCUCCCUGUGCCAUGGGGACAGAUGGGGACCUGCCACCAGCCCCCGUAUUGGCUGCACGGGGCUGCAGAUCCUCGCCUGCACACCCCCCUCCUCCCCCAGCAUUGGGCUCUGGAUGCCCACUGGCCUCUAUAUUGGGCUCUGGACCCUCAGCAGCCCCUCCACUUUGGGCUCUGGACCCUCACCAGCCUCCGUAUUGGACUCUGGACCCCCACCAGCCUCUCUGUUGGACUCCAGCCCUACAAGAUCCCCCAUGGUCACAAGAUGCUGGGCAGAGGGAACAAGCAGCUCACAGUCCUGGCCACUGAACUUCACCACCCUCCCCCUUUCUCAUGGGACCACAGAGCUGCUCCCCACAUGCUGCCAGGUGUGAAAACAAGGUCAAGAUCCAAGCAAAGUGGUUCAGGAUCUGACUGAAAUGAGUUGGGGUCCAACUGUCCCAAGGAGCGACUGCACUCCCAUCACAGGCAGGCUCACGCAGCCCCUGGGGGAGAUGCCCAAAUAAAUGUACAUAACUCCAGCA